CUCGCGGCCCCGCGGUUACUUCAGCCUGCGAAGGGCCCCGGCCGACGCGCACUCGUCCAGCGCCGAGAGCAUCGACGGGUCCCCGCGCAGAGAUGCCUUUGUGAACAGCCAGGAAUGGACGUUGAGUCGGUCUGUCCCGGAGCUCAAAGUGGGAAUUGUGGGUAAUUUGGCCAGCGGCAAGUCUGCCCUGGUGCAUCGGUACCUGACAGGCACCUACGUCCAGGAGGAGUCUCCCGAAGGUGGCAGGUUCAAGAAAGAGAUUGUUGUUGAUGGACAGAGCUAUCUACUGCUGAUUAGAGAUGAAGGGGGCCCCCCGGAGGCGCAGUUUGCGAUGUGGGUGGACGCUGUUAUAUUUGUCUUCAGCUUGGAGGAUGAAAUAAGUUUCCAGACUGUUUACCACUACUACAGCCGAAUGGCCAACUAUCGAAACACAAGCGAGAUUCCUCUAGUUCUGGUGGGAACCCAGGAUGCCAUAAGUUCCACUAACCCGAGGGUCAUUGACGAUGCCAGGGCAAGGAAGCUCUCCAACGACCUGAAGCGGUGCACCUACUACGAGACGUGUGCCACAUACGGGCUAAACGUGGAACGAGUCUUUCAGGACGUUGCCCAGAAGAUUGUUGCCACAAGGAAGAAGCAGCAGCUGUCCAUUGGACCCUGCAAGUCACUACCCAAUUCUCCAAGCCAUUCCUCUGUCUGCUCCGCACAGGUGUCUGCUGUGCACAUAAGCCAGACAAGUAACGGAGGAGGGAGUUUAAGCGACUACUCGUCCUCUGUUCCAUCAACUCCCAGCACCAGCCAGAAGGAACUUCGGAUUGAUGUUCCACCCACUGCCAACACGCCGACACCCGUUCGUAAGCAGUCCAAGCGCCGGUCCAACCUUUUCACCUCUCGAAAAGGGAGUGACCCAGACAAAGAGAAGAAAGGCCUGGAGAGUCGGGCGGACAGCAUCGGGAGCGGCCGAGCCAUCCCAAUUAAACAGGGCAUGCUGUUGAAGCGAAGUGGCAAGUCACUGAAUAAAGAGUGGAAAAAGAAAUAUGUCACCCUGUGUGACAAUGGCGUGCUGACCUAUCAUCCAAGUUUACAUGAUUACAUGCAGAAUGUUCAUGGUAAAGAGAUUGAUCUUCUGAGAACCACUGUGAAAGUCCCAGGGAAGAGGCCACCUCGAGCCACGUCGGCCUGCGCACCUAUCUCCAGCCCUAAAACCAAUGGCCUAUCCAAGGACAUGAGCAGUUUACACAUCUCACCCAAUUCAGGGAAUGUCACUAGUGCAUCUGGGUCUCAGAUGGCAAGCGGCAUCAGCCUGGUCUCCUUCAACAGCCGACCCGACGGCAUGCACCAGCGUUCCUACUCAGUCUCCAGUGCCGACCAGUGGAGUGAGGCUACGGUCAUUGCAAACUCGGCCAUCAGCAGUGACACGGGGCUGGGCGACUCCGUGUGUUCCAGCCCAAGUAUCUCCAGCACCACCAGCCCCAAGCUCGACCCGCCCCCCUCCCCUCACGCCAACAGAAAGAAGCACCGAAGGAAGAAAAGUACCAGCAACUUCAAAACUGAUGGUCUCUCCGGCACUGCGGAAGCCAAACGCAAAGCAUGGAAACUAAACCGUGUUGGUAGCCUGCGAAAUAUAUACAGCAGCAGCAGCACCAACACUGAAGAACAAGAAGAAAACUUUGAAUUUAUCAUCGUGUCCCUCACUGGCCAAACAUGGCACUUUGAAGCCACCACGUAUGAAGAGCGGGAUGCCUGGGUCCAAGCCAUUGAGAGCCAGAUCUUGGCCAGCCUGCAGUCAUGCGAGAGCAGCAAGAACAAGUCCCGGCUGACAAGCCAGAGUGAGGCCAUGGCCCUGCAGUCGAUCCGAAACAUCCGCGGGAACUCCCACUGUGUGGACUGUGAGACCCAGAAUCCUAACUGGGCCAGUUUGAACUUGGGAGCCCUCAUGUGCAUCGAGUGCUCAGGGAUCCACCGCAAUCUUGGCACCCACCUCUCCCGAGUCCGAUCUCUGGACCUUGACGACUGGCCAAUCGAGCUUAUCAAGGUGAUGUCAUCGAUUGGGAACGAGCUGGCAAACAGCGUAUGGGAAGAGAGCAGCCAGGGGCGGACAAAACCCUCGUUAGACUCCACAAGGGAAGAGAAGGAGCGGUGGAUCCGGGCCAAGUACGAGCAGAAGCUCUUCCUGGCCCCACUACCAUGCACAGAACUGUCCCUGGGCCAGCACCUGCUGCGGGCCACCGCCGAUGAGGACCUGCGGACAGUCAUCCUGCUGCUGGCACAUGGCUCCCGGGACGAGGUGAACGAGACCUGCGGGGAGGGAGACGGCCGCACAGCGCUGCACCUGGCCUGCCGCAAGGGGAACGUGGUCCUGGCGCAGCUCCUGAUCUGGUACGGGGUGGAUGUCAUGGCUCGAGACGCACAUGGGAACACAGCACUGGCCUACGCCCGGCAGGCCUCCAGCCAGGAGUGCAUCGAUGUCCUGCUGCAGUAUGGCUGCCCUGACGAGCGCUUCGUGCUCAUGGCCACCCCCAACCUGUCCAGGAAAAACAAUAACCGGAACAACAGCAGUGGGAGGGUGCCCACCAUCAUCUGAGGAAUGGCUGUGCACCUGUCUGCCAUACCUGGGACGCCGGCAGCCUCACUGCGCACUCUCUUGGAAGUUGCAGCACGUGAGUCCCAUCGUGUCCCCUCACUCCUUCUGGUGGUCACCUCCCACCCACCUACCCACUCUCACCCCCGAUGAAAUCACAAAACUGGACAUCCUCAAGGAGCAAAGAAGAGGCCAGGAGGCUGAAGAAUCGAUUUCUUUUUAUAAACUCCCGUAAACAACAAUACAGGAGAGACCGGCAGGCCUUGGUUCUUUGAUGAUAGCACACAGCGCAGGACCCUUGUCCCGGCGGCACAGGGGAACAGGGACGCAAGGGGGAGGGGAGUUGAGGAACAAGGAGAAGGGGCAACUUUCUUUAACUGGCAGUUAAGCACAUCAGUACAUUUCACCUCUACCAAACGGAACACUUGGAUUUCAUCUCUUCUCCGAGGAGCUUGACGGCAUAAAUCAGAAGCAAGCACAGAGUUUGUCAGGUUUGAAGCCCCUAUGAUGGUAUGUGUCAAAUCAGUUGUAGCUAAUCUGUCCAGGGAGAAUACUGGCUUCAUUACACUUGUAUAGUUGAGUUCUUCCAGCAUUACCGCUGUUUAAUAGAACAUGAUUAGUCAUCACCAAGAAGAAAGCAUAUUAGCCGAGGAGGUAGUUACGCGGCACGCUCCGGUGAUUGCCACGAUGUGAUUGCAAUACUCUUAGAAGCAUCAUAUUAUCCCAGACAUGUUCUUUCAAGCCCUUGGAGCCCUCCUUUCUAAAUUCACUGUCAUAAUUUAGUAUCUGUUUAAUUUUUCAGUCCAAAGAGAGGAAAUCAGUUGCUGAGUAUUAUUUGACUGCAGUCUCCUUGGUGCAAAAACAAAAUGGAAAAAAUAAAUAAGGAUAACUCAGAAAUUCAAAAGGAAAUCACAAAUUCAGCUAAUAAUAGCAUUUCAAGUACAUUUCAUAAACUAAGUAAAUACACAAAAGGCUAUUUUUUUCCGAACACAAGAGAUAUUUUCUGUCCUUUUGCCAAGGUGGACAUGUUGGUCUCAGUCACUCCUGGACCACAUUGCCCAAGUCACACAGGCUUCUGUAUUCCGUCUUUAGAUAAGAUAUGUGAAAAUCUAUUUGAAUAAAAGAAGUUCAUAAAUAUGCAUUGAUUUUUGUACAGACAAAUGGCACCUCUGUUAAUUUAUAAAUUGAACUGGAUGUGAACUAAUAAUGUGCAACUAGUUGAGAUAAGAGGGUUACAGAUCAUUGUACUUGGAAAAUAUUCCCAGCAGUAAACACUUCCAUUAGUGUGAUCUACAGCUUUUAAAAAGGAACAUAUCAGAGCAAGAUGGUCGUACAAUUUGCUUAUUAAAAUUGAGAAAAAAAGACACUGGAGCAUGUUAGAAAGGGGAGAAAGGGGCACGUGAUUUCUCAGGAUUGAAAGCAUGACUUAGAAUCAGAUACCACUUUUGCUAACCGAGACCAAGGGGCUCUGGCAAGAUGGGAUUUUCUGAAUGCUGGGCCGAGGUGUUUUACAAAGGCAGCUGCCAGUAGUUCUGAGGCACAGACUGGCCCCGAGAACCCGUACGACCUUGACACGGCAGCUGGGCCUUCUGUGCUAGUACGUCACUUGCCUUGCCAUCACCAUGGCAUAGUGGUCAAACAUCAUAAACUGAGUCAUGGCAUCCCUUAAGCUAAAGAGAAAAGGGGGUGGCUUUGCCUAGAGCCUUCUGGCAGUAUGAUGGGGGAAGAAAGGGUUGUCAAGAUGCAAGACGAGGACACUGGCCUAAUGUAGCACAGAAACACAAAGCCACGUUUGCUGGCAGCCUCCGGGAUGUUCCUUGCUUUCGAAUAUUAAACCUUAUAUUUUGUAAGGGUUUUUCCUCUUUCACUUUUUAGGAAAAAAAAAUUAAAGGAGAUGGGAAAAAAAAUAAAGCUUUACACAGAAUUUAUAUGUAGGUAAAUGUGUCAUGGAGAUGUCUAACCUUGAUAAAACUGAGUGGAACCCACUGGUAUCCAGAAGUAUAACAGGUGCAGGAGCCAUGAGUCUGAGAACCUAGACAGCAGUCCCAUAGUCCCUCCAUCCGAUUUUUAAUUCCGCGCUUCAUCACUGUGUUGUUAUUUUAAAUGUGAAUAGAGAAGAAAAAUGUCAUUGCCUAUUUUUGAGGAACGCAUUAGUGUUCUACUCCUGCUAUUAUGCACAUCCGCCUCCACACAGCCUUUACCGUAGACUUCCUGUAGUGUACACAGAUAUAGUAUACCAGAAAUUCUUAAAUUAUUUCAUUGUAGUGAAUUCCCACUAUAGGAAUGCUUUAUCAUAGUGAAGCCUUCUUUUGAAAAGAAACGGAAUUCCUUGUAAGGCUUCUCUUCGGGAUGUAUAUGAGUGUGUAUAUAUUAUUCUAUGUGUUUAUAAUAUAAUAUUUUCC